AUGAUUAUUUCAAGUCAUUGGACUUAUCCAGUAAUCCUGUUGAAUAAAUGGCUUCAUUCAUUUACUAAACAUCAUGAUGUUGAUAUGAAAUGGAAAACGCAAAGUAAUCUUGGCCAAGCAUUUGAAGAAACAUUUACUGGACAAGUUCGUUCAAAUUGGUUCGUAAAACCUGAAAAUAUGAUGGCCAAAUGUGACCAUGAAGAACCUAGUAGGUCUUUAAUUUAUAUGAAAAUGGCUUUCCAAACCAAACGAAAGAUUAAUAGACUGUAAGAAAUUGAAAUCGACUAUUUUUCUCUUAACAUGGGCAUGGGUUAUAGUUAAAUCUAAUCGUAGACAUGUUUUUGAGGCAAAUAGUGGUACAGGUAAAAGAUUAUCGAACAGCACUAAUUUAUGCUACUGUUGAGGUUUUUGUUGUCAGUUCCUUACUUCUCUUUCGAAAAACAUCUAAUGGAUUCGUGGUUUAAUGAUCGAUCAUAUGAAACACAUGAUAGAUUCGCACCUGAAGUAAAUUUUGCUAGAGAUAACUAUUCUUCCCGUCUUGAAGCAUAAUCUUAACGAAAAAAUAGAUAUAGUUAUAUAUCAAUUCAGACUGUUUCUCUUAGAAAGUAUUUGUUUUCGUACAAAUGAAUUUUUGUAGCCGUUGUAUAUAAAGUUUCGCUUGUCUUUGUUUAGAAGUAAAAAAAUGUUUGAAUAUAUUUAUUUCAAACAAUUUUUUCAUUUCAAUUUUUAAUGCUGACAACAUUGAAAUGAAACCAAAUAAGAAUGAAAGUCUUUCGUACGUAACAACGAUGGAAUACCAUAUGAAAUAGAAGUUAUACUGCUCACAUUUUGUAUAUAGAUAGUGCUUGGUCUGUACUACAACUUUUGUAUCAGUACCAACUAGGAAUUUCGUACUUUUGGGUAGCGUGAACAUCUUUUUUUCGAUCAUUCAUUGAAACCCCUUGUAUUUUACAUUAGGUAAUCAAAUUAGGAACUCAAAAUAGCU